UGUCUUCUGAUCAUGUGACCAAAAUUAAAGUCGUGUGAUGUGAAUUCUUCUAACAGAGCAUCAUGUGAAACCGCGUUCAUGUGGCAGGUGUACCAAACUACUCUUUUGUGAAGAACCACAAUUGUCCCCAUCCCACAGAGAUCAUGGACUCGGGACAGCUGACCAGACUGGGUGCGGAACAAACCCUCCACCAUCUUAGUGCUGAAUACUUGUCUUGGGAGCACCGUCUGCAGCUCAUGGGUGCGGGCUUUGCAGUUUACACAGCAGUGUUCCUCCUCAGCCAUAUCCUCUCGAUGGCAUUGUCUCAUACCUAUAACUCUUUGCUGGCCAAGGAGAAGGUAUUUUGGAACCUGGCUGUGACACGGGGUGUGUUUGGCCUUCAGAGUAUUGUAGCAGGACUGAGAACCCUUACUGAGGACUCCAUGUUGUCCAGGGACAGAGUGAAUGGCCAAGAGGACUGGUCCUGGUUUCACAUACUCACUGCCACAGGAUUUUUUGUCUUUGAGAAUGUAGCCCUCCACACUUCUAGUUUAGUAUUCUGGUCCUUUGACAUGCCACUGGCCACACAUCACUUCUUCGCCCUGGCAGGGUAUGCAGGGGCAGUGGUGUGGGAUUCAACUGGACACUUCCUGCCAAUGGUGACUCUACUGAUGGAGAUGAGCACUCCGUUUACCUGUAUAUCAUGGAUGCUGCUCAAGGCUGGUUAUGCCCACACCUCGUUUUGGAAAGCCAACCAGUGGGUGAUGAUCCACAUGUUUCACUGCCGCAUGGUGCUCAGUUACUACAUGUGGUACUUCAGCUGUACACACUGGCGCGAGAUCAAUGCCCACGUGUCCCUUCCACAGCGUCUGCUCUUCUUCCCUGGUUUAGUCCUGCUCACAUUUGUACUGAAUCCCAUCUGGACACACAAGAAAACCAUGCAGCUUCUUAACCCUGUUGACUGGAACUUCGGCAACAAACCAGUGCCUGUAAACGGCCCUAAGAAGGGUAAAUCUCACAAAGAAUAAAUGGUCCUAUAUAAUUUCAUAGUUUGUUUCCACAGUAUUAAUGACUAGAUCUGCAUAGAGCUUUUAUAGUAAAAUAGUGUUUUAUAGAUAGUUACGUGUACUGAGAUUGCACUGACGUUUCAUCAUGAUGGCACGUUCUUAAUUAGUUAAUGACUUUUUUUGUUUUACUUUAUUUAAAAUAUUUUACUGAGUUGUUGGCCUGCUAAACCAUUUCAGUGAUCAAGCUGAAACAACUUUCGCUUACUUGUUUACAUAAACCUAAUAUUCUGUUAAGAAAUGUUGUUGCUUUGUGAACUGGAUUUGUUUUGGAAGUUGGCUCUAAAAGUGUCAUUGUCACCAUGGAGUUCUUUAUACAGUCUAUAAUUGUCACCAUUUAUUUUCACAACUUCUUUUUAAAUCAAAGCUAAAAUUGUUUACCAGUGUGUUCUUAAUCAUUUCUACUCAUUAUUUUGACAUGUUUUGCUAUAUUCAUAUUACUACACCAAAUCCCAACUAGUCCCAGCCCAUGUAUUUUACGCAUUACACACCGUUAACCAUGUCUGAGUCACGCAAACCAAGUAGUUUGUGUCUGAUGAAAAAGUUACUCACACAGAAACUUACUUGUAUUUGUAAUUAUUACAUUAUUUCAAUUGUAUUUUUGGUCAUGCUGCCUUUACAGCUGAUACAAAACUGACGGGUGUACUGAGAUCCAGUAUAUGGUGUUCUCAUUGGCUUAUAGUUUUAGACAAAACUUUAGCAAUUUUAGGAUUUGGAUUUCAGCUUUUUGUUUGCUGUUUAAAUUAUUAUGGAAUGUGACUUAUUGUGCACUUAAUAUUGCCUCACUGUAUUUGAAUCGAGUUUGUUGGGCAGAAUAUAACCUAAUAAAUUCAUCUACUGUUUGCAACA